GCAAUGAAAGCCCAAAGAGCAGUCCCAUCCCUUUGCUGGAAAAAGUUGAAGAAGAUGUUAUAGAUGUCUGUGGAUCAUCCACCUCAUGAAACACAACCACAAAAACCAGAGGAAAGGCAAAACCUUUCAAAAAAUUCAGAAACUGAAGCACAAGUUGUGGAUCAUCAAGUGAGUUCACCCUCCUCAAGAUCUGAUUCGCGUGGGGACACUCCAACUCAUGAAAAAAUCAAUUACGAUUAUAAUGUUUUCAGUGAUAUGAAAAUGGAUGACGUGGAAACUCAAGCAACACAGCCUUCCAAUUCUUCAAAUUUCCUUAUCAGUAGAUCUGUGGAUUAUCCACCUCAUGAAUUACAAUCAGAAAAGCCAGAGGAAAGGGAAAACCUUUCUGAGAGUUCAGAGACUGAAGCACAAAAUCUGGAUCAUCAUGUGGUUGAUUCAUCAACCACUGACGUAGAGAACUCACGAAGCAAUGUAGAUCUAAGGCCACCAGUUGUUCAUCAACAUCAAGAAUCAAUUGAUGCUGUGUCUAUGAACACAUUUUCAUCCCUUUCACCAAGAUCAUUGUCCCCAGACAAGACCCUUAUGGAUCAAGUUUCUUCAUCUGCUUUUAAUCAACACAUAAGUUCAGAUGUUCCCCAGUUGAACAUAGAGGACAUGACCCAAGAGCCUCCAACUAGUGAACUUCUUUCUAACACCAAGCCUCCUAUUAUGCAGCCCUUGUCUAUUGAGCCGGUUGCCCUAACACAUACUAGUGUCUGUAGUGAUUUUCAGGAACCAACUUGCUUGUCAACAAUGGCAGAUGAUUGCCAUAUCACAGACACAUCAGUCAAAUUAAUCUUUGAUGAUGUGGAUAGGAAGGAGAAUGACACUUUGAUCAUAUCUAGAAACACGGAUCCUGCUGAUCUUCAUGUGAAUCCUGUGGAAGAAAACAUCUCCUGCAAGGAGAAUGAUGCAGGACAAGAGAAGUUCAGGAAUGGAGUAAGAAGUGAAGACAAAUCAACAUCAAUUGUUAGACAGGAUGAUUCUAUACCUCAAAUGAAAACUUUAGAGGAAAUCAAUAACAAAACAGAAGUGGUUGAGAAUGAUGAAGUAACAUCAAGCUCUUCAAAAGUGACUCUGAAUGUUGGUAUUUCAACAAAUAUAGAAGAUGACCCAAUGGCUGUAGAGUUGGCUCAAAAUGAAGAUGUUGACUCACCAAAGCCAAACAAGCCAACUGGUAGCUUAGAAGAAGUGAGUGUGAAUGGCGAGUCAAAGAAGGAUAAUAACGAGGAAGAAAUCAAAGGGGAAUUAAAGGAUGAAAUUCCACCAAAGUCAAGUAUGCUAAAUGAUAGCUCAGCAGAAGAGAAUAAUGUACAUAGUGAGCCAAUGAAGAAUCAUGCAGAAAUCAAUGAGAAAUUAAAGAAUUACAUCCCAGCAAAUCCUGGUGAGACAAAUGAUGGCUCAGAAGAAGCAAAUGAAGCACAAAGCGAGUCAAAGAAAAUCAGUAACAAGGAAGAAAUCAAACAAGAUUUAAAGAAUGACAGCCUAACAAAGUUAGAUAAACCAAAUGAUAACUGGGAUGAAGUGAGCAAAGUGCCAAAUGAGUCAAAGAAAAAUUAUCCACAAACGAGCAACAAGGAGGAAGCCAAAGAUCAGCUAAACAAUGACACCCCGGCAGAGCCAAAUAAACCAAAUGAGAGCUCUGAAGAAGUGAGUAAAGUACAAGGUGAGCCAAAGCAAAAUGAUCCAGAAAUGAGCAACAAGGUUGAAAUCAAAGGGCUGUCAAACAAUGACACCUCAGCAAAGUCAGAUAAGCAAGAUGAUAGCUCAGGAGAAGCGAGUAAAGUACAAAAUGAGCCAAAUGAUGACUUAGAAAAAGUGAGUGAUAUACAUGAAGAACCCAAGGAGGUCGAAGAUGAUAUGGAGAAGCACAAAUGGGCUAGUGCUAACAUACCUAAGGUUAAUGAAGUAACCAGUUCAAGCUCUGUGGAAGUUACAGAAGCGAAAAAUAAUGAAGUCAUUGAACAAGAAUCAAACAAGAAGGACGCCAUGGUUUUAUCUAGUUCAGUAGGAACAAGUGAAGAUGGCAUAACAAUAAACGUUAAAGAGCCUAAACAAGCAGUUAAUUUUGAAAAAUGAAAACCUUGCAUUAGAUUCAUGAAGUGGUUCACGUCGUUAGGUUGAGGUUGCCAACAUGAGAAAGCUAUGAUAAAGCUGCACAUGCACUAACCAACUUUAAGUGGAUGGAAGCUAUGAAGGGCUUCCCUAGACUUGUAUAUUAUUCUAUUACUAAUGGCACCUGGCUCACAUCCCCUA